AUGUCCUUCCCAAUGAAACUCUCAAGCAGCAAAUCUGGUCGACUCACACAUCAAGAGGACGUAGUUUCCAAUGCGAGUGGACACUUUCAUGACUCCAAUUCGAUUUCCCCCUCAAAUCAGGAUUUGUUAAACCCCAAGCACACAUUACUUGUUCGAGCUGAAUUGCCUAAGCCAAUGUCAAGACUUCCAGAGAUUCGUUUAGAAGAAGAUGGUGGCGAUGGAAAUGGAAAUAAGGGACUAAUAGCGCAGAUGAAACCCCAGAAAUCUUGUGAAUCGUAUGAUUCAACCGCGAGUGGCAUGAGUUGGAGUAGUUCUCAAAGCGCAGCCGCCAUUAGUGGAGGAGGCAGUGGAUAUGGAAAUUCGGCAUCGGUUUCUGGAAAUCUCUCCUAUUCCAGCUAUGAAGAAGACGAAAGGCCCAUUUCUCGAAUACCGUCUAAUCCUGGUGUUAUACAUAGAUCUCAAUAUUCCCCAAGAGUUGACAGCAGUACUCAAAAAGGAAAGUACAAUUUUAGAACAGGAUAUAGUUUUGAAGAGGAGCAUCAUGAAUGUUCGACUGAUGGCCAAGAAGAACAAAAUUUGGUUAACGAUCAGGCAGAUGUCUUUUUCCAAACAGUUUUUGAUGAUCGGGAGAAAAAUCUGCAAGCUGAUGAUCAAGAAAUAGAGGUGUCAGUUCUCGAGCGCGCAAAGAGAAAGUCAUUCAAACGCUUCUGGCAAAGGGCCUACAAUGCGAUAAAAACUGACUUCGUAAAUAAAGACAGUGAUUCCAAAUUUAGAUCGUCUAAAAAUAAAGUUGAAAAGGAUGAACCUGAAGAAAUCGAUCCAGUUUACCAACUCCUCAAAUCGGCUGCAACUCAACGUCAGAAGCCAAUGAAAAGUGCUACAUCAUUUGAUCAGGCAGAUGAACCGGUUCGCAGGCCUCCCCGGCUUUCAUCAAGUAGCCGGACGAGUUCCUUAUCGCAAAAGGAGCGUUCACAGCCGCCAUAG